AUGUCGUCCUGGCUUGGGGGCCUCGGCUCCGGCUUGGGCCACUCCCUGGGUCAAGUUGGGGGUAGCCUGGCUUCCCUCACUGGCCAGAUUUCAAACUUUACAAAGGAUAUGCUGAUGGAGGGCACGGAGGAAGUGGAAGCAGAAUUACCUAAUUCUAGGAGAAAGGAAAUUGAAGCCAUUCAUUCAGUCUUAAGAUCAGAGAAUGAGAGACUUAAAAAACUUUGUUUUGAUCUGGAAGAGAAGCAUGAAGCUUCAGAGCUUCAAAUAAAGCAGCAGUCUACAAGUUAUCGAAAUCAAUUACAGCAGAAAGAGGUAGAAAUCAGCCAUCUUAAAGCAAGACAGAUUGCACUACAGGACCAGUUGCUGAAGCUGCAGUCAGCUGCUCAGUCAGUAAAUUCAGGAGUUGGUGGUGUGCCAACAACCACUGCAUCAUCUUCAUUCAGUUACGGUGUCAGUCAUCAUGCUUCAGCUUUCCACGACGAUGACAUGGACUUUGGUGACAUAAUUUCUUCACAACAAGAAAUAAACAGAUUGUCAAAUGAAGUUUCAAGACUUGAAUCUGAAGUUGGCCAUUGGAGGCAUAUUGCUCAAACUUCUAAAGCACAGGGAUCAGAUAGCUCUGAUCAAAGGGAAAUCUGCAAACUACAAAAUAUCAUUAAGGAACUUAAACAGAACCGAAGUCAGGAAAUUGAUAAUCAUCAACAUGAAAUGUCAGUGUUGCAGAAUGCACACCAACAGAAAUUGACAGAAAUAACUCGUCGGCAUCGAGAAGAAUUAAGUGACUAUGAAGAACGAAUUGAAGAACUGGAAAAUCUGUUACAACAAGGUGGCUCAGGAAUUGCAGUAACUGAUCAUUCUAAAAUCCAUGAGAUGCAAAAAACUAUUGAGAGUCUACAAACUGAAAAAAUAGAGUCUACAAAAAAAAUUGAAGAACUUGAGGAUAAAAUAAAAGACAUAAGUAAAAAAUUAUCCUCUGCAGAAAAUGACAGAGAUGUUUUGAGGAAGGAACAGGAACGAGUAAAUGUAGAAAACAGGCAAAUAAUUAAAGAAUGUGAAAGCUUGAAACUGGAAUGUACCAAAUUGCAAAGUGACACUGUGACAGAAAAGGAAAGAAUUCAUCCACAGAGUACAUCAGUAGAAGAAGAAGUGUUCAGACUACAACAAGCACUGUCUGAUGCCGAAAAUGAAAUAAUGAGACUGAGUAAUUUAAACCAGGAUAACAAUCUCGCUGAAGACAAUCUGAAACUUAAAAUGCAUGUCCAAGGUUUAGAAAAAGAAAAUUCCUUAUUGAGUCAAGAAAAGGAAGAACUUGAGAAAUCACUUUUAAAAUUGAACAAUGAAUAUGAAAUAGUUAAAACUAUAGCUACAAGAGACAUGGAUUUGGAUUUAGAAUUACAAGAUUUAAGACUUAAUUUGGAGGCAAAGGAACAAGAACUCAAUCAGCGUAUCACUGAAAAGGAAGAACUGAUAGCCGAGUUAGAAGAACUGGAUAAACAGAACCAAGAAGCUACAAAGCACAUGAUUUUGAUAAAAGAUCAGCUAUCAAAACAACAAAAUGAGGGAGAUGGCAUCAUCAGUAAACUGAAAAAAGAUCUAAAUGAUGAAAAAAAGAGAGUCCAUGAACUCGAAGACGAUAAAAUGAACAUUACUAAAGAGUUAGACAUGCAGAAAGAAAAGUUAAUUCAAAGUGAACUGUUCCUAAAUGACUUGCAUUUAACCAAGCAGAAGCUGGAGAAUAAAGUAGAAGAUUUAGUAGAUCAACUAAAUAAGUCACAAAACAAUAAUUUAAACAUCCAGAAGGAGAACUUCGAACUUAAGGAACACAUUAAACGAAAUGAGGAGGAGCUUUCUGGAGUCAGGGAUGAGUUAACUCAGGUUCUUGGUCAGGACUCUAACAGUAAUUUUAGGGAUGAUUUACUUAAAGAAAGGGAAGCCGAAGUGGGAAGCUUAAAGCAGAAUCUUUCAGAAAUAGAACAGCUCAAUGAAAAUUUAAAGAAAGUUGCUUUUGAUCUCAAAAUGGAAAAUGAAAAGUUGGUUUUAGCAUGUGAAGAUGUCAGACAUCAGUUGCAAGAAUCUGUUGCUGGUAACAAUCGGAUUUCUCUGGAACAGAACACUAUUGUGGAGGCUCUAAAAAUGGAAAAAGGACAGUUGGAAGCAGAAUUGUGUCAGGCUGAAAAGAGGCUUUUGGAAGAAGCAAAGAAGUAUGAGCAGACCAUUGAAGAACUGUCAAGUGCACAGAAUUUGAGUGCCUCUGUUUUACAGUUGGAACAUGAGCGUUUAAUUAAACUCAAUCAAGAGAAAGACUUGGAAAUAGCACAACUCAAAAAGAAUAUUGAACAGAUGGAUAUUGAUCAUAAAGAGACUAAGUCAAUUUUGUCAUCUAGUUUAGAAGAACGGAAGCAUUUGACAGAACUUAUAAAUGAGAAAGAAAUUUUUAUUGAAAAACUUAAAGAGAGAAGUUCAGAGCUCCAGGAGGAAUUAACUAAAAAUACUCAGGCCUUAAGAAAAAAUGAAAAUUUGAAGCAAACCAUAGAGGAAAAAGACAGACAUCUCGCAUCUAUGAAAGAGGAAAACAAUCAUCUGAAAGAAGAACUGGAACGACUCAGGGAGCAGCAGAGUCGAGCUGCACCUGCGGCUGAGCCUAAAACCCUCGAUUGUGUUACAGAACUAGCAUCUGAGGUUUCUCAGCUGAAUGUAAUAAAGGAUAAACUUGAAGAGGAAAUAAAACAUCACCAAAAGAUCAUUGAAGAUCAAAACCAGAGUAAAAUGCAACUACUUCAGUCUUUACAGGAGCAGAAGAAGGAAAUGGAUGAGUUUAAAUACCAGCAUGAGCAAAUGAACGUCACACACACCCAACUCUUCUUAGAGAAAGAUGAAGCAAUUAAGACUUUGCAAAAAACAAUCGAAGAAAUCAAAACCCAGUUGCAUGAAGAAAGGCAGGAUGUUCAAACAGAGAAUUCUGAUAUUUUUCAAGAAACAAAAGUCCAGAGCCUUAAUAUAGAAAAUGGAAGUGAAAAGCAUGACUUAUCUAAAGCCGAAACUGAAAGAUUAGUAAAAGGAAUAAAAGAACGAGAAUUGGAGAUUAAACUUCUAAAUGAAAAGAAUAUCUCUUUAACUAAACAGAUUGAUCAGUUGUCUAAAGAUGAGGUUGGUAAACUAACUCAGAUUAUCCAGCAGAAAGAUUUGGAGAUACAGGCUCUUCACGCUAGAAUUUCUUCAGCUUCCUACACCCAGGAUGUUGUUUACCUUCAACAGCAGCUCCAGGCUUAUGCUAUGGAACAAGAAAAACUGUUAGCUGUUUUGAGUGAAAAGACCAGGGAAAAUAGCCAUCUCAAAACAGAAUAUCACAAGGUGAUUGAUAUAGUUGCUGCCAAAGAAGCAGCCCUCAGUAAACUGCAAGAUGAAAAUAAAAAACUGUCCACUAAAUUUGAAAGUAAUCCCCAAGAAAUGUUUAGAGAAACUGUUCAGAAUUUAUCGCGUAUCAUUCGAGAAAAAGACAUUGAAAUAGAUGCACUAAGUCAAAAAUGUCAGACCUUACUGACGGUUUUACAGACAUCUGGCACUGGUAGUGACGUUGGAGGUGUUAACAGUAAUCAGUUUGAGGAGCUUCUGCAGGAACGCGAUAAAUUAAAACAACAAGUAAAGAAAAUGGAAGAGUGGAAACAGCAGGUGAUGACCACAGUACAAAAUAUGCAGCACGAAUCAGCCCAGCUUCAGGAAGAACUUCAUCAACUUCAGGCACAAGUGUUGGUUGACAGUGACAAUAAUUCUAAGUUACAAGUGGACUAUACUGGCCUGAUCCAAAGUUAUGAGCAGAAUGAAACCAAACUCAAAAAUUUUGGGCAGGAAUUAGCACAGGUUCAGCACAGCAUAGGGCAGCUUUGCAAUACCAAAGAUCUUCUUUUAGGAAAACUCGAUAUUAUUUCGCCACAGCUCUCCUUUGGAUCAUUGCUUACUUCCCAGUCAGCAGAGUCUCUUAGAACGGUUAAGUCUGCUAUAUCGAGUGAGUCUUCUCAGCAAGAGCUAGAAGAGCUAAGAAAGUCACUGCAGGAGAAAGACGCAACAAUUAGAACUCUCCAGGAAAAUAAUCACAGGUUGUCUAAUUCAGUCGCUGCUACCUCAGAGCUAGAAAGAAAAGAACACGAACAAAUGGAUUCAGAAAUUAAGCAACUAAAGGAGAAACACGAUGUUUUACAAAAGUCUCUUAGAGAUAAAGAUCUCUUAAUCAAAGCCAAAAGUGAUCAGUUACUUUCUUUAGAUGAAAAUUUCACAAACAAGGUGAAUGAAAAUGAACUUUUGAGACAGGCAGUAACAAACCUGAAGGAGAGAAUAGUAAUUUUAGAAAUGGACAUUCGUGAACUAAAAGAGGAAAAUGAAAAAAUAGUAGAAACAACCAGGGAAAAGGAAACAGAAUAUCAAGCAUUACAAGAGACUAAUACAAAGUUUUCUGUGAUGCUGCGAGAAAAGGAGUUUGAGUGCCUUUCAGUGAAGGAGAAGUCUCUUGCCUUUGAGCAGCUGCUGAAAGAAAAAGAGCAGGGCAAGGCUGGAGAGUUAAAUCAGCUUUUAAAUGCAGUUAAGUCACUGCAGGAGAAGACAGUUAUGUUUCAAAAGGAGAGAGACCAAGUCAUGUUGGCACUGAAACAGAAACAAAUGGAAAACACUGCGGUGCAGAAUGAGGUUCAACAUUUACGUGACAAAGAGUUACGUUUAAACCAGGAGCUAGAGAGAUUACGUAACCAUCUUUUAGAAACAGAAGAUUCUUAUACUCGGGAAGCUUUGGCUGCAGAAGAUAGAGAGGCUAAACUAAGAAAGAAAGUCACAGUAUUGGAGGAAAAGCUAGUUUCAUCCUCUGAUGCGAUGGAAAAUGCAAGCCAUCAAGCCAGUUUGCAGGUAGAGUCAUUACAGGAACAACUGAAUAUAGUCUCUAAGCAAAGGGAUGAGACUGCCCUACAGCUUUCUGUGUCUCAGGAACAAGUAAAGCAGUAUGCUCUGUCACUCUCCAACCUGCAGAUGGUACUAGAGCAUUUCCAACAAGAGGAAAAAGCUAUGUAUUCUGCCGAACUAGAAAAGAACCAACAGCUGGUAGCUGAAUGGAAGAAAAAAGCCGAAAAUAUGGAAGGAAAAAUGCUGUCAUUACAGGAGCGUUUGGAUGAAGCAAAUGCUGCAUUGGAUGCAGCAUCAAGACUCACGGAACAGUUAGAUUUAAAGGAAGAACAAAUGGAAGAACUUAAAAAACAAAAUGAGCUCCGACAAGAAAUGCUGGAUGAUGUACAAAAGAAAUUAAUGAACUUAGUAAACAGCACAGAAGGAAAAGUAGACAAAGUCCUAAUGAGAAAUCUCUUCAUUGGACAUUUCCACACACCAAAAAAUCAGCGUCAUGAAGUGUUACGAUUAAUGGGAAGCAUCCUGGGUAUCAAAAGGGAGGAAAUGGAGCAGUUGUUGAAUGAAGAUCAGGGCAGUGUUACCAGAUGGAUGACCGGGUGGCUUGGAGGAGGAUCAAAAAGUGUCCCCAACACACCUCUGAGACCAAAUCAACAAUCUAUGCUUAAUAGUUCUUUUUCAGAACUUUUUGUCAAAUUUCUAGAAACGGAAUCUCAUCCAUCUAUUCCACCACCAAAGCUUUCUAUUCAUGAUAUGAAACCUCUGGAUUCACCAACAAGGAGAAAACUAGAUACAAAUGUACCAGAAAAUUUUAAAGAUACAACAGAAUCCAGGUCUGGUAGAAGAACCGAUUUGAACCCUUUCUUGGCUCCCCGCUCCGCGGCUGUGCCUCUCAUUAACCCAGCUGGACUUGGGCCUGGUGGGCCUGGGCAUCUUCUUUUGAAACCCAUCUCGGAUGUGUUACCCACAUUUACACCUUUGCCAGUGUCACCUGACAACAGUGCUGGAGCUGUGUUGAAAGACCUUUUAAAGCAAUAGAUGAUUCUCAAGCCAGAGACGACAUACAUAGCACUUUAAAGAAACCAUGAACACUAUAUUUAUGUACUUUAUCACAAAGUGGCCUUUUGGAAAAAGUCAUGUAUUUGUUUGCGGUUGUACUUUCUCUAAAAUUAAUAAAUAUAUCGUUAAUGCUUUUAGAAAUUGCUGGUGUCGCAAGAGGAAGUGUUUGCUAUAUUAUCUGCUUUUUUCCUUCUCUGAUUUGACCUAAUUUAAGCUAGAAACAUUUGCUUUUUUAUCUUAACUUAAAAAAAAAAAUAAGAAAAAUAAAAAGACAAAAAUACUACUAGGUAUAUAUUCGCUCUUUAUUUCCUUUUCUGACUUUCAAGUUCAUUUAAACUGAAGACAUGUUGUUUGUCCUUUAAAGAUAAUCCAGAGAUUUACCAAAAAAGAAAAAAGAAAAGGAAGAAGAAAUAAUAGCAGUGGCUUAUCCGCAUAGUGCAGAAAAUUGAUCUGAAGUGUAUAUGAGUCAUCUUUAGAGGACUUUGUGUAGGUAGACAGGCCAAGAACAAGGUUGUCCCUGGGAGGUAGUACACAGUUGUCCUGAGGUGGAAUGUGUGUGUUUGGUUCUAUGCAAUUUUAUCACAUGCGUAGAUUCAUGUGACCACCACUACCGUCAGAUAUGUCAAGGACCCCUCAUGGCACCCCUCACAGCCACCUCCUUCCUCAGCCCCCACCUUAACCUCUAGCAACCACUAACUGCUCUCUAUCUCUAUAAUUUUGUCAUUUCAAGAGUGCUAUAAAAAUGGAAUCAUAGUGUGUAACUUUUUGAGAAUACAUUUUUUUUUCACUUAGUGUGUUGUCCCUGAGAUCCAUUUGAGUUGUUGCAUAUAUUAGCAGUUUGUUUUCUUUAUUGUCAAGUACAUAUUGUGAGUCUGUGUUUUUGUUUUAUGACAGAAGAUAUCUUUUUAAAGGUAUCUUAACACUAAUUGUUUUCCUACACACAUGCACACGACUUUUAUAUAAGUGUUAAAUCAUAACAGCUGCAUUUACGGAACUAUAAUUAGCAAUAUCCCUAAACAUGACACCUCCUGGCUCUCUCUGAGGUGUCAGUAUGAGAGGUACAAUAUGUCAGUCCAGGAACUGUCCAUUCUCAUCCUCAGGGUCACUGAGGGCAGUGACAUUACUUCAGCAGCACUAGCAUCAAGUGUUGGGAACUUAAGAAUAAGGGUGUAUUUAUUUUUUUUUAUAAACCUAUCAUAAAAAAUCCUGAGUUGGAACUUAAUUUAAUCAGGAUGUCAUGUUUGUAUUAGUUGUUGACGCUGUACCUUUAAAGACAUUUCUUGCAAAUUUUGUAAAUUUUAAUAUGCCUUUAAAAUAGAAACAUCUGGAUACAAAGGAAGGUGGAAGUGAUACUAAUCCAAAUAUGUAAAUAGUCCUGGCGUGAGCCAGGACUAAAUUUGAUUAUUUGUAAAUUUUGCUGUGAUUACGUAUACUUUCUGACUGUAUUUAGAAGAGUGGAAGUCUAAGUGUUGAUGGGUAAAUCUGAUUUUUCUGAAGAAUUUAAUAACUGGGACAUUGCUACUUCCCAACAUCUCCUGUCUCCUUGGCUAAUUUAUUUAUAUUGUCAUUCUUUAUUUAGUAUACUUUAAAGGAAGUUGUCAUACCAGUUCUAUAUUAGAACUGUCAAACUGCCUUUUGUCUGUUUUGCCCAUUAUUAUUUCUCUAUGAAAUUAUUACUCUUAGGUUUUAUAUGAUCUUUUCAAAGAAACUUUUGCUGGCCAUUCUUAAUUAUUUACUGCUUACCAUUGGAGUUUCAUUUCAGUGUGAAGCGUCUGAAAUAAAAAUUCGUAAGUUAAAGAAAGAAGACACAUGAUCUUUCAUUUUGGAGAAAUAGAACAUGCAAAAAAUUUUUUCUCUUUUAAUUUGAAAAUAAAAUUUAAGUGGUAGGUAUUUAAGUAGCAUGUCAUCAUAUUUUAUAUGCCUUUUAUGACAUUUUGAAUAUUUCCUUCCUUAUUCAAAACAGCCUGUCUCCCUUCACCCCAUAGUUUAACAUAAGUUUGAAAGCUGUUAUGGGUGGAUUGCAUAUCUACAUCACAGGAUGACCUUACAUGGCUGCUAUUUAAUUAUGUGACCUUGAACUAAAGCUGUAGUACCUAAUGUUUCAGUUGUAUCGUCACUGAAUCUAUAGCUCACUGGUAUGCAUGCUAAGUGUUUGUUGAUGUAAACCAGACAUAACUCAUCUACUUUUCUACAGCUAAGUUGUGUCAGAGAUGAACCAUCUGCUCAAAGAAUCUUCUUAGUAACCAUACAGUGAUGAAGCAUAUAAUUCUAGUGUCAGCAAUAGGACAUUGCUAACAGGAAUUUUAUUGCAAUAUUUUAACUACGGUGAUUUUACUGUUUACUUCUCAACAAACUUACUAGAAUUUGUGGUGGAAUUUUGCUUUGGCUGCCACAGAUUUUCACAACAUUCCUAAUGGUUUUCAACUGCUAAUACUAUAACAGAAAAUCCAGCCAGACAUUGAAUUUGACUUUAGUAUAAUUCUGUAUCAUAUAGUGGUUUGCGUUUCAUUUUCUGCCAUUAUUAAAAGAAAAAAACAAAAACUAAAACUAACACAUGGGUAAAGUAAAUGACUUCCUUAAAACCAGCCAAUUAAAACAUUAAAUAUCCCCUCUCCAAAUAAAGCCCCCACUUUAUUUUAACCUUUGAAUGGUUAAUUGAAAGGGAAGGAAAGACUCUACGAAUACUUAUUCAUUCAUUAGGUGAAAAAUAAACUGUCUUCAGGGACAGGGGUAUGUUGAGAAUUAUUGAAAAAGUGCUGUUAUGAGUCAAAACUUAAAGCAUUUGAACUUGAUUUCUAAAGCUAGUGAAGUUUUUCAUAUAUCGUGUUUAAAGUGUUUUCCAUCAAAAAAUAUCUUUAAUUUUGUAAAUAUCAAGUAUAACUGAUAUUUAUUUUAUAUAUUCCUAUGGAAAAAGUAAUGGUACUUUUAAUGUUCUGACAUUUGUGAUUAUUUGCCAGUGUUUACUUUUUAACUUAUUAAGGUUUCUCUACUUCAAAUUGAUCAGUUGUCUUUUGAUUUCUAGGGAAAUAACUAAAUGUGGGAAAUUUACAACCCAGCCAUAAUACUGGAUUGUGUUUUAUAGAGCUUAAGUCAAUGCAUUUCUGAAUUUCUCAGGAGUACUGCAAGGCAAAAAAAAUAAAAAAUACAAAUAAAAAUGAUAUAUAUGA